UCACCGUCACCGUUACCACGAACGUCGCCGUUGCCGUAUAAAAUGGAACCCUCAUAUGAUCACGAACAUCCACAUCAUCUGCUAACAAAUUACAAUUCAAAGAAGUACCCGCACGUCUCGCGUACUCCAGAGUACAGCCACUCCACGGGCAGCGAUUAUCCCGAACACGGCGGCUACCUGACCGAUGGUCGUCUGAUGCACGAGAGCAACAGCGAUGCCGGGAUCUACCAUGUGCGCCAGGGAAGUGAGCACUCCUCGCCCAGUUUGCAUUCGCCAGCCAUACAGAGUUCCGGAUACGAGAAUGAACAUCUCAAUGAGGCUGUUCUGGCGGCUCAUAGCCACAGUCACUCACCCAUGCCGAUGGUGUCCAGUGCCUAUGUGGGUGGAGGCACUGCAUCUGGAUCACUGAUCAGCAGCAACAUCCCUUUGCUAGGAAGUGGUGGUAACUCGGUGCUCAACAAAUUCCUGUCACAUCCGCAUGCGGGGAUGGUAGGCGGAGGAUCUGGACAAAUAGAGGACUGCACAUCGCAUUCGCCCAUCGAGCCGGCAUCCAUGUGGAGCUACGACUACAAGGGUGAUCUGUGCGCUCCCAAUUGUGGCUAUCUGGAGCGGCAUAAGCCGCUGCCCGCCGACCUUAAAUACCGGCCCGGCGGUGCCCAGUCAAAAAGUGCCAAAGAAUCGCGCAUCCGGCGGCCAAUGAACGCCUUCAUGGUCUGGGCCAAGAUCGAGCGCAAGAAACUGGCUGACGAGAAUCCCGACCUGCAUAAUGCGGAUCUCAGCAAAAUGUUGGGAAAAAAAUGGCGUUCGUUAACGCCGCAAGAUCGAAGACCUUAUGUAGAAGAGGCGGAGCGUCUGCGUGUUAUUCAUAUGACGGAGCACCCGAACUACAAAUAUAGACCACGGCGACGCAAGCAGUCCAAACUGCGAACCAUGCAACCGGGUGGCAAGGAACAAAGCGAGAGUUCACCCAAUCCGGGCACUGGCGGAUCCAAAUCGAAUCCAAAGCUGGCCACACCACCGUUGGCCACCGCAUCCUCCAGUUAUACAACGCCCACCGAUGAAAGCACCUGCAAUUCCACGAGCCAGAAUCAUGGCCAGACAACUCCAAGUGGCCUCUACGAACAACCAUUGAAGCCCACGUAUUCGCCCAGUUCCGUGGACUGUUAUAGCAAUGCGGACAGCACGGAACAGAUCGAGUCACUGGCCGCCAACUGUCCGCCCGCCUUGCUCAAUGAGUCCUCACCCACGGGUGGAGGAUACGAUAGCUCAUUGUUGCUCAAGAAGUUAACGAAGCCGCCGCCGUCCAGUCGCGCGGCAAAGUCCCGCCAGGAAAAGCUCUCCAAGUCUGAGGACAAAAGCAAGGGGCAGUCGCAAGGACAAUCUCAGCAGGGUCUGUAUGCCGCCUCCUAUCCGCUGGCACCAACAUCCGUUGCCGUGGUGGCAGCUCGAGGAAUGUAUGUGACAUGUAAUAAUAGGGGUCUACUAGAUCAUGGCCACUCCGUCAAGGGAACAUUUUACCCACCGGUGUCCGUAUCGGAAGAUGACAGUAGCUCCACGAUGAGGAAUAGUUUAAGUGCUCUGCAGCAGCAUUGUAAUUUGGCCACAAGCACACCUUCCAGCUCCGCCGGACCCAUUCCUUCCAGCGAAAUGAGUAGCUAUACAGUGUCCAUGGCGGAUAACUGUGGUAAUCUAAGGCUCAGCAUGAAUGAGUUGUCCGGUAAUGAGUAUCUGCCCAGCGCCAAUGCCUAUGGGAUGCAGUACGAGGACUUCCUGCGCUAUCAAAGCAACGACCUGGACUACUCAACGUCGGCAGUGGAUCAUAAAGAAACCACUCCGGAUACGGCAAGCGUCCAAAAGUGCCUUAAAUACCCGGACACGAAUCAGAACUACGACGAUUACGAAGCGGAGGCCUAUAGUAACGCCAUGCUGCCGGCAACAGCGGCAAGCUACUAUACCCAGCUUCCGUAUCCCCCCACCUCGUUGGCCGCCUUUCCUCUCCAGCUGGCGGUACCAUUCCAGCAGACGACAUCGGGUGCAUACGGAGCACAGCCAAUGCAGAGCGGUUAUCUGCAUUAUGGAAACUAUGGGGGUUACGAGGGAAUGGCUCAGAGUCAGCCCCAAAACCAAGCGCCAGUCCAGCAGCAACAGGCUUCGCAUUCGGCUCCACCCUCCUUGUCAGCACCUCCCAACCAAACGGUGACUUCGAAUCCGGCAGCCAUGCAGCAACAUCAUCACCACUUCGGACCAGGACCUGGAAUGGUGGGCGUGGGAGUCGGCGUUGGAGUCGGUGAAAUGCUCUUCGAACAACAGCAGCGCAAAGAUGAUGAGAUUAGCAACAUUUUGGCGGGAGUGCGCAAAACCUGCUACAGCAACUGACACUGAUCAGAACUUUGUAAUAUUUGGUAACUAGAGUUUAGAGAGUGGUUUAGGUAGUCUUAAGAUUGCUCCCGCACCCAAAAUAUGUUCUUCCAAUCCCAAUCCCAAACCCUAGACCUAGAACUCUUUUGAAUUGUACAAUUAUUAGAACUUUAUAAAUACGAUGA